AUGGCGACAGCCGUCGCCAACAGCUCAUCUCCUGACAUUGGAGACACCGAUGGCGGUGUCCGGCUCAACUUCUUGGAAUACGUCAAGCAGAAUGCUGCGGCCGCUGACGCCAACGCAUCCAACUCCAAGAAGGUGGUUUUCAAUUCCAUGAAAUCAGCCAACAGACCCCUUGACCCCACUACAUCCCCCUUUGACCCCCAGCUAGGAGAUGGAGAUGUUCAUGUCCGCCGUCCCGUUGGCAAGCUCCCAGGAUCUCAGUCUGUCCCAAACAUUCUUGGAAGCCUCCAAACCCAAAACACUUACCCGCAGGGCCAGACUGUGGCUUUUGAUGCCCAAUCGACCUAUGAGGAAUCCAACAGCCUGUUCUCUACGGUGAGCCACCAGCCUGCCGUUCCGACUACUCACAAUGUUGCAGACGGCCCUAUCUACACGCUAAAUGCUCAGGCCGAAAUUGCUGCAUCGUACCAGCAAGUUCAGCUCCCACAGCAGGUGCAGCAAGAUAAUGCUCCCUUGUUCACUCAAAUAUAUAACCCCGGUCAGUACGACAAGUCUGGCAUGCCACGGAUGGCACUUCGUCCGACCGUAGAUCAUAUUCCGGAGCAUGUUAGAUCUCAGCGCUCGCGAGCCCUGAAUGAUCUGACUUCUGGCCCCACCGGUCGGCCUUCAGCAGUUGAGGCACUCGACAGCAACAACUUCCCCUUUGUCGAGACUGCCCGUGUCAUUGCACCUGAUGCUUGCACCAAUGGAGUGGUGAAGCUCAAGAAUAUCCCCUUCGCCACCCGCCGAGUAGAGAUCAUCGCAUUUCUAGGACGCAACUCCAAGAUUCUCAAUGAUAACCUAGAACCCGUGCACAUCAUCAUGGAGCGCGUUACUAGCAAAACCAUGGAUGCAUAUGUCGAGUUCGUCACUCUUCAGGAUGCCAUCAAGGCCGUUGACAAACAUCAGGCCACCAUCACGCGUGGUCGUCUCAGCCGUUUGGGAGACCGUCCCAUCGAGGUUGAGUUGUCGUCGCAGGGUGCUCUCAUGAAGGACUUGUUUCCAUCGGCCAAAGGCGUCUUCUGGGAGGGUAUCCGACCCACAAUCAAGCCUUUCAAGCCCAAUGAGCCCUGGGAGAACUUUAAAGGUUUCAUCAACGACGAGGAGAUGACCAUGCUGGUGAAGCAUGUCGAGGUUCCGCAGCGUUCCCCCUUCUCCCGCGACUGCCCCCAGCGCCCAUACGAGUGCAUGAUCAGCACGAUACGCAAGCUCCCCUGGCCCAUGACGGAGCUGAUCACGCUGCGCCAGCGCCACGCCAUCUACAACGCCUGCUUCUCGCUGAUCCGGCUGCUGAGCUCGGCCAUCGCCCACGGCCGCCACGAGGAGAUACUCAACGAGCCGCUGCGGAAGCGUCUUGUCCACGCUGCCAUGACCUGCCCGGGCUUCACCGUGGUGCAAAAGGACAACAUCGCCACCAUUGUCGACAUGUCCGAGGCCAGGAGGCUCGAGUACGGCCUGCCGCGGUUCGCCAGCUCGUGGCUUCACCUGUAUGCGCUGUCGCCCAAGGCCAACUUUCCGCUCGACAUGAUCGAGUACUACAUUGCCAUCAUCCGCGAGGAGACGACCCGCCUCGUCAACUCCCUCCCACUCAAGGAGCGAACCCUAAUCACGAGCUACGGCCGCGACACGGAUCUCUACUUUGGCUACCUCUGGUGGGAGCUGCAGCUGCCUCGUGACGACCGCUUCGACGGCAUGACGUUGGCCGAGGCCGCGGCGCUCGAGUACGCCGUCAUGGAGCGGAUAAUCUGCCGCGCCUUUGGUGCCGGCGGCUCAAACACUGCUCCCGCCGCCAUAACUUACUAA